GUUUCUAUAUAUUUUUGUAUAAUUUGGUAUUUGUGUAUUUGUAAAAAUAGUAGCAAAACAAAUGAUAAUAAGUAUGAAAUUUUAUAAAAAAUUUUGAGGUUCUUAGCGGAAUAUAAGAAACGUCAUUAAUCAUGCUCUAAGAAUUCUCUCUGUUUUGGAUUACUAUGUGUGUGUGUGUUUUUUCUUUAACAUAAUGAAUUGUAGUAUUGUACUUGGGGAGAUUUGAACCAUGGUUGAUGCUAUCACAUAAACCUUAAUGUCAUUUUGCUACAUGAUUUUUUUAGCAAUUUGGGAUUACUAUGUUUCCAUCGUCUCUCUUCUCCUCCUUCUCUCUGUUUCCUGCAUGAAAAUGGAAGAAACUGCGGCAAAUAAUAAUAAUAAUGGGAGUCAAGAUUUGGAAACAGAGUUUGCAGAGAGAUCAAUGUGGCUAAUGAAAUGCCCUUCUCUCAUUGCUCCUUCUCUCGAACCUCUUCCUUUUGAAGACGAUCCAUACCUUCCUGUUGCCAAAGUCAUCCUCUCCAUCGAUCCUCUCGCUACCGUGGACGACGAAGAAACCAAAGUCGUAAUGGAACUAGCUCGAGAUGAAUCUGGAAACGUUCCAAAACGUUUUGGCUUGGAUAUGUCUAAGGAUUUCAUCCCCAUGUCUGCUUUCUCUCAGUCUUCACAAGGGACAAUGUCAGUAGAAGGGAAGAUUAAAGACAAAUUUUACAUGAAUCCUCGUACAGAAAACAUGGAGAGCUAUGGAAGGCUUUGCCGUGAAAGGGCAAGCAAGUAUAUGUGCAAAAAUAAACAGAUACAGGUCAUUGAUAAUGCCACUGGAAUGCAUAUGUGGCCAACACCAGGAACUAUAACCCCCACAGGCUUUCUUGAAAAGAAGAAGGUGACAAACAAGACAUCAGAAAUGAAGAGAACAAGAAGGGACCGGAGAGAGAUGGAGGAAGUCAUGUUUAAUCUAUUCGAAGGACAGUCGAAUUGGACUCUCAGGCUACUCAUUCAGGAAACUGACCAACCAGAGCAAUUCUUGAAAGACUUGCUUAGAGAUCUUUGUAUUUACAACAACAAAGGAAGCAACCAAGGAACUUAUGAGCUGAAGCCUGAGUACAAGAAAGCCACACAUGAAUAGAAACUCUCUCUCUCUCUCUUUCUUUGGCUUUUUCUCAGCUCAUGUCCAACUCUAGUUGUACCGAUUAAUAUGAUAUAAUUCACUUUGGAUCCAACUGGUAAAACCCGUAUGUAUUUUUUCUGGGCUCCUUCCCUGAAUAUUUUAUACUAAUCAAAAUUGUACAUUUUUUUAAUAUAACAUACAUU